AUGGCUGCUCCGCUCUACCGGCCGGCCACGGCGCGCGUUAACAACACCGAGUCUCAAGGAUUGGUCACCCUUGAGCUCGAGGACGGCGCAGCCUACCAGGGCUACAGCUUUGGCGCAUCCAAGAGCAUCUCUGGCGAGCUGGUCUUCCAGACAGGUUUGGUGGGGUACCCGGAGUCCAUCACGGACCCCUCGUACCGCGGCCAGAUCCUCGUCAUCACUUUCCCCCUUGUCGGCAACUACGGUGUCCCUCCGAGGGAAACGCUCGAUGAGCUCCUCGGCGACCUACCCGCUCACUUCGAAUCGUCGCAAAUCCACAUCGCCGGUCUCGUUACGGCUACAUAUGCGGGCGAGGACUUUUCGCACUUCCUCGCAAACUCGUCUCUCGGCACAUGGCUCAAGGAGCAAGGGGUCCCCGCCAUCUAUGGCGUGGAUACCCGUGCCUUGACAAAGCGCAUCCGCGAGAAAGGUAGCAUGCUUGGUCGCAUGCUCCUGGAGAAGAAGGGGCUGUCCGAUGGGGACAGCAGCGAGGGCGAUGCGCUCCCGGGCGUGUUGGGCGACUGGCAGUCUCGCUUCGAGACGGUCGAUUGGGUCAACCCCAAUGAGAAGAACCUCGUAGCAGAGGUCUCACUCAAGGCCCCCAAGCUCUACAAGCCUCCCGCGGCCAAGGCCCUGAACCACCCUUCGGGCCGCCCGCUCCGCAUCCUCUGCCUCGACGUCGGUAUGAAAUACAACCAGUUGAGGUGCUUCCUCAAGCGCGGUGUCGAAGUCCUGGUCUGCCCCUGGGACUAUGACUUCCGUGCCGAGACCUACGACGGCCUAUUCAUCUCCAACGGGCCCGGCGACCCGGCGAUCCUGCAGCCUGUCGUGGAGCGCCUUUCGGUAGCACUAGAAGAAAACCGCACACCCAUCUUCGGUAUCUGCCUGGGCCACCAGCUGCUCGCCCGCGCGGCCGGCGCCCAGACGGUGAAACUCAAGUUCGGUAACCGUGGCCACAACAUCCCCUGCACCAGCAUGGUCACGGGCAAGUGCCACAUCACGUCGCAGAACCACGGCUACGCUGUCGACGCUGCCACGCUCCCCGCGGGCUGGCAAGAACUCUUCGUCAACGCCAACGACGGCAGCAACGAGGGUGUCAUGCACAACGGCAAACCGCACUUCAGCGUCCAGUUCCACCCCGAGAGCACCCCGGGGCCUCGGGACACCGAGUUUCUGUUUGAUGUCUUCAUCCAGACGGUCUCGGACUGCGCGGCGGACAGCAGCCUGCUGCAGAAGGGCGUGCAGUUCCCCGGCGGCACGGUGGAGGAAAACAACCGGCUGCACCCGCGCGUGUCGGUCAAGAAGGUCCUCGUGCUCGGUUCCGGUGGUCUCUCGAUUGGCCAGGCCGGCGAGUUCGACUACUCUGGCAGCCAAGCCAUCAAGGCGCUCAAGGAAGAGGGCAUCUACACGGUGCUGAUCAACCCCAACAUCGCGACGAUCCAGACAUCCAAGGGCCUCGCGGACAAGGUCUACUUCCUGCCUGUCAACGCGGAGUUUGUGCGCAAGGUGAUUCUCUACGAGAAGCCGGAUGCCAUCUACUGCACUUUCGGUGGCCAGACGGCCCUGUCCGUGGGCAUCCAGCUCAAGGACGAGUUCGAGGGGCUCGGCGUGCAGGUUCUGGGCACCCCGAUCGACACCAUCAUCACGACGGAGGACCGCGAGUUGUUUGCGCGGAGCAUGGAUUCGAUCGGCGAGAAGUGCGCCAAGUCGGCCUCGGCCAACACCAUCGAUGAGGCCAUGCGGGUCGUGAAAGACAUUGGUUUCCCCGUCAUCGUCCGCGCGGCCUACGCUCUCGGCGGUCUGGGCAGUGGGUUCGCCAACAACGAGGCCGAGCUCCUCGAGCUGUGUAACAAGGCCUUUGCGGCGAGCCCUCAGGUGCUGAUCGAGCGUAGCAUGAAGGGCUGGAAGGAGAUUGAGUACGAAAUCGUGCGGGAUUGCCAAGACAACUGCAUCACGGUGUGCAAUAUGGAGAACUUUGACCCGCUGGGCAUCCACACGGGUGACUCGAUUGUGGUCGCCCCGUCCCAGACGCUAUCCGACGAGGACUACAACAUGCUGCGGACGACGGCCGUCAACGUCAUCCGCCAUUUGGGGGUUGUCGGCGAGUGCAACAUCCAGUACGCGCUUAACCCCUUUUCCAAGGAGUACUGUAUCAUCGAGGUCAACGCUCGUCUUUCGCGAUCCUCGGCGCUGGCGUCCAAGGCUACGGGUUACCCACUCGCCUUCAUCGCGGCCAAGCUCGGUCUGGGCAUCCCGCUCAAGGAGAUCAAGAACAGCGUGACGAAAGUCACCUGCGCGUGCUUCGAGCCCUCUCUCGACUACGUUGUCGUCAAGAUGCCCCGCUGGGAUCUCAAGAAGUUCACGCGCGUAUCGACGCAGCUCGGCUCGUCGAUGAAGAGCGUAGGCGAGGUGAUGAGUAUCGGCCGAACCUUCGAGGAAGCGAUCCAAAAAGCAAUCCGGUGCAUCGACUUCCACAACCUCGGCUUCAACGAAACACCGGCACUUAUGUCCAUCGACGACGAGCUCCAAACCCCCUCGGACCAGCGGCUCUUCGCCAUCGCUAACGCCAUGGCGGCGGGCUACUCGGUGGAGAAGAUCUGGGAGCUCACUAAGAUUGACAAGUGGUUCCUGGACCGGCUCAAGGGCCUGAGUGAUUUCGCCAAACAGCUCAAGGACAUCAAGGCCUCUGGGAGUGCGCUGCACCCUGGCACCCUCCUCCGGGCCAAGCAGCUCGGCUUCAGUGACCGGCAGAUUGCUACCUUCUGGGGGUCGACCACGGAGCUGGCGGUGCGGGGGAUGCGUCUCGAGGCGGGCAUCACGCCGUUUGUCAAGCAGAUCGAUACUGUUGCGGCCGAGUUCCCGGCGUUUACCAACUAUCUGUAUCUCACGUACAAUGCCAGCGAGCACGACAUUACGUUUGAUGACAGUGGCGUUAUGGUGCUGGGCUCGGGCGUGUACCGCAUUGGGUCGUCGGUUGAGUUCGACUGGUGCUCUGUUCGGGCUAUUCGCACGCUCCGCGAAAACAAGUGCAAGACCAUCAUGGUCAACUGCAACCCCGAAAACGUCUCGACUGACUUUGACGAGGCGGAUCGUCUCUACUUUGAGCCCAUCAACAUGGAAACCGCCCUCGAUAUCUACGAGGCCGAGAAAGCAAGCGGUGUGUUGGGGGCCAUGGGCGGUCAAACACCCAACAACAUCGCGCUCCCGCUCCUGCGCGCAGGCGUCAACGUCCUGGGCACAUCACCCGAGAUGAUCGACACGGCGGAGAACCGGUACAAGUUCGCACGCAUGCUGGACCGCAUCGGCGUGGACCAGCCGACGUGGAAAGAGCUGACCAGCUUCGACGAGGCCAAGGCGUUCUGCCAAAAGGUCACGUACCCGGUGCUGGUGCGCCCCUCAUACGUGCUCUCGGGCGCGGCCAUGAACACGGUGUACUCGGAACACGACCUGGAGAGCUACCUGCAGCAGGCCACGGAUGUCUCGCCGGAGCAUCCUGUGGUGAUCACCAAGUACAUUGAGAACGCCAAGGAGAUCGAGAUGGAUGCCGUGGCCAAGGAUGGGCAAGUCGUGGGCCACUUCAUCUCGGAGCAUGUCGAGAACGCGGGUGUACACUCGGGAGAUGCCACCCUGAUCCUCCCCCCGCAGGACCUGUCGGCGACGACGAUUCAGCGCAUCGAGGAGGCCACGCGCAAGAUCGGUGACGCGCUCAACGUCACGGGCCCGUUCAACAUCCAGUUCAUCGCCAAGGACAACGACAUCAAGGUGAUUGAGUGCAACGUGCGGGCGUCGCGGUCGUUCCCCUUUGUGUCCAAGGUCAUGGGCGUCGACCUGAUCGAGAUGGCCACCAAGGCGAUCAUGAACCUGCCGUUCGAGGAGUACCCGGAGAUCCAGUGCCCGCCGGACUGCGUGGGCGUAAAGGUCCCGCAGUUCUCCUUCUCCCGCUUGUCCGGGGCCGAUCCCGUGCUCGGCGUGGAGAUGGCGUCGACGGGCGAGGUCGCUUCGUUCGGCGCUGACAAGUACGAGGCGUACCUCAAGGCGCUGCUGUCGACGGGGUUCAAGGUGCCGCGCAACAAGAUCCUGCUGUCGAUCGGGUCGUACAAGGAUAAAGAAGAGAUGCUGCCGUCGAUCAAGAAGCUGCAGGAGAUGGGGUACAAGCUGUUCGCGACGGCGGGCACGGCAGAUUUCCUGGGCACGCACGGCGUGCAGGUGCAGUACCUCGAAGUGCUGCCCAAGGACGAGGACCAAAAGUCCGAGUACUCGCUGUCGCAGCACCUGGCCAAGAACAUGAUCGAUCUCUACAUCAAUCUGCCGUCCAACAACAAGUACCGCCGCCCUGCCAACUACGUCAGCAAGGGGUACCAGACGCGCCGCAUGGCCGUCGACUACCAGGUGCCGCUGGUGACCAACGUCAAGAACGCCAAGAUCCUGAUCGAGGCGCUGGCCCGGCACUUUGAGCUGGACAUUGGCGUGCGCGACUACCAGACCAGCCACCGCACACUGCAGCUCCCGGGGCUCGUCAACAUCGCGGCGUUUGUACCCGGUUUAGUCUCGCGCGAGAGCGCCGACCUACAACGGGUGACGCAGGCCUCGAUCGCGGCCGGGUUCAGCAUGGUGCGCAUCAUGCCAGUCGGCAAAGAGGGUGCCAUCUCAGACGUCAAGACCCUCAAAGUCGCGCAGCAAAACGCCAAACGCGGCGCGUACUGCGAUUUCAACCUCUCGAUCGCGGCCACAUCCGAAAACGCGCACCAGAUCAGCCACGCAGCCGGCGAGGUCGGCUCGCUAUUCAUCCCCUUCAACCACCUGACCGACAACAUCAGCAAGGUCGCCGCGGUGGAAGCGCACUUUGACGCUUGGCCCAAACACAAACCCAUCGUCACGGACGCGCGCACCACCGACCUGGCGUCUAUCCUGCUGCUCGCCAGCCUGCACAGCCGUCGCGUGCACGUCACGGCGGUCACGACCAAGGACGACAUCAAGCUCAUCGCGCUGGGCAAGGAAAAGGGGCUGCAGGUUACCUGUGAUGUUAGCGUGUACUCGCUGCAUCUAUCGCAGCGUGAUUACCCCGGCUGUCCGUUCUUGCCGACGGAAGAUGACCAGGCUGCGUUGUGGGCGCAUCUCGAGACUAUUGAUGUGUUCUCUAUUGGUAGUCUUCCGUACCAGCUUGCUCAUUUCCUAGGCAAGCCCGCGGAUGUGACCGUUGGUAUUGCCGAUGCCUUACCGCUACUGUUGACCUCGGUGGCUGAGGGCAGGCUGACCGUGGACGAUGUUAAGGCCAAGCUGCACGACAACCCGCGCGAGAUCUUUGAGCUCCACGAGCAGCUGGGUGCCACUCUAGAGGUUGAGAUCGACCGCCCGUACACAGUCAAGCCGACGGCCGCGGGCUCCUCCUGGUCGCCUGUCGAGGGUAAAGUCCUCAAGGCCUCGAUCCAGCGCGUGACCUUCCGCGACGAGGUCGUCUGCCUAGACGGUUCCAUCCUGUCGGUGUCCCCCCGGGGCAGCGACAUGUCUUCUCACGGGGCUCUUGCAGCGGCCAACACGACCACCACCGUGUCGUCCCCCGCGGUUAAGCCCGUGACAGGCCAGCGUCAUCCCAUGUCCCCUCUGUUGGAUGACCGCCGUUCGCAGCUCAGGUCUUCACACGGCCGGCCAGCAUCCAAGGACACCACGAUCGGGGCCGCGGCCACCAGCUUCGGCUCGUUUAACCAGCCGACUGCUGCCCGGGCUCACGGUGCAGACACAGACCAUCAUCACCACCAUCAGUUCGGUCUGGGUCUAUCCGCCCUCCAGCCGCAUCAACAACCGCACAUCUCCCCCCUGCAAGAGAUGCUCUCGGCCCCAUCGUCCUUCAAGAAGGCCCACGUCCUCUCCGUCGCACAAUACACCCGCUCCGACCUCCGCCUCCUCUUCCACAUCGCCCAAGAAAUGCGCCUCGGCGUCCAACGCGAAGGCGUCCUCGACAUCCUCAAAGGCCGCGUCCUCGCGACCCUCUUCUACGAGCCCUCCACCCGCACCUCCGCCUCCUUCGACGCGGCCAUGCAACGCCUCGGCGGCCGCACCAUCGCCAUCUCAACCUCCACCUCCUCCGUGCAAAAAGGCGAAACCCUCCAAGACACCAUCCGCACGCUAGCCUGCUACGCCGACGCCAUCGUCCUGCGCCACCCCUCCGAAACCUCCGUCGACACCGCCCGCAAAUUCUCCCCGGUCCCCGUCAUCAACGGCGGCAACGGCAGCAAAGAACACCCGACCCAAGCCUUCCUGGACCUCUUCACCAUCCGCGAAGAACUCGGCACCAUGCAAGGUCUCACGAUAACCUUCGUAGGCGACCUCCUGCACGGCCGCACCGUGCACUCCCUCGUCUCCCUCCUCCGCCACUACCAAGUCAAAGUCCAACUCAUCUCCCCGCCAUCCCUCGCCCUCCCCGCCUCCGUCCGCCAACUCCUCGUCAACGACUCCAACACAUCCCUCCUAACAGAAUCCUCCACCCUCACCCCGGAAAUCCUCUCCCGCACCGACGUCCUCUACUGCACGCGCAUCCAAAAAGAGCGUUUCGCCAACCAAGCCGAGUACGAAGCCGUCAAGCACGCCUAUCGUAUCGAUGGCGGGACACUCAAGCACGCCAAGAGCACGACUGUGGUGCUACACCCGCUGCCGAGGAAUGAGGAGGUCGCGGAGGAGGUGGAUUUUGAUCAGCGCGCUGCGUACUUUAGACAGAUGAGAUACGGUCUCUACUGCCGCAUGGCUUUGCUCGCGUUGGUCAUGUCGUAG